AUGCCGAUGUUUAGAAGAACUUUUGAAACGGAACAGUACGGUGUUUCAAAUUGGGUUGCUUGGUAUCACCUUGAUCGACAAAUAUUUCCGUUUAGGAUUCAUGAAAAACCUACUAUUGCCUGGAUUCUUCGCUUAGUCAAUCCUGGACAUCUUAUUAUUGCGAUCAAGGCAAAACAUCAGAAUAGAUUUCAUGAAGAAUUAGAAUUUAAAGAGAGUUCAUUUUCAAAUCAUGGACAAAAAGUUAAAUUUUUCGAUUACUCGGCCAAGGACUUCCGGCAAUUUACCGAAAAGAACUGCUUUCGUUGGAGCAAACUUUUACAGUACUAUUCGAAAGAAGUGUUUUGGUCAGAUUAG